CAUAACUACCCGAAAGACAUUUGCUGUUGAUAGUCUUUGUGUCUUCAUCUCAUUCCCUAAUAUCUGUUUUGGCCACAUUAGCCGCUUCACUUGCAAGUUUCUGCUCCGCUCACGCCACCGCCGCCCUUCGAUGGCGGGUUGAGAAUGGCAAAUUUGCCCGCACGCUCUUCCACCUUUACCAGCGGACGCACAGCAGGCACAUCACUUGGUCCCGAUCACCACCUCGCUCCUUCCCACCCAACAACAUCUUCUGCCCGCAGAAACAGAGUCACUCGUUCUUCUGCGAGGCUCGCAGCAGAGGCUGCCACACCCACCCCUUCUACCGAUUCGACCCAGCCGAUCCGCGCACCAUCUCCCUCAUCCAAGAAACGAAAAGCAUCAAGCCGUCGAACCUCUGAUCCUGCUGAUCAGUCUGACGAAUCGGGCCCUGCAUCUGGCCGACGAGGAGGAAAGAGACAAAAGUUGACCGAGCCCUCACCGCCUCGGACCACAACUGCCCAACCACCUUCACGAAGCACUCGGAGGAGAGGGGGAGCGAACGAACCAGAGAUGUCUAAUAAUGGUUCAUCUUCAAAAUAUACCGACGAAUCUAUCAAACAGACAUCUUCGAAAUCGACAUCGAGACGUCCCCCGAGCAGAGGAAGCAAAAAAGCACAACCAGGUAGCGCAGAUUUGUUUGACGAGGAUCAAAUCAUGCUGACUACCUUUGCAGAAGUCUCGCCUCCUGCACCCCUACCAUCGUCUCGCCGACAGAAGAAACGUCCGAGCAAGAAGGAUCAAGAUGUCGCCAUGAAGGAGGACGAAGAAGAGAACGAGAAGAGUACCAGAAGAGAAAAGGAAACAACAUCGCCUCCUCACCGAUCAAAUAGCGAUAGCAACGACGAAGAAGAUCACAGUGGGAUGGAUGAGGAUGACGGACCCGACCCUUUCGCCGCAGCCCUAUUUGGUUCGAGCCGUGGCCCUCCUUCAGGUCUGUCGAGUACCUUAAGAGCUUUGAGUGGCAUGAUGAGCGGCAUGUCGUCGAGACUCAGAGACAUAUUGAACAACCUCCGACAAGUUGACAACCCUACCAUGCAGCUGGUGGCUUUGGAGGAAUUGUCCAAUCUCUUACUGGUCUCGAACGAGGACAACCUCUCUGGUCAAUUCUCGCCAGAUCCGUACGUCAAGGAACUGGUGGCUUUGAUGCAACCCAACCCCAUCACGGGCGAGGAGAAUCCUGAAGUCAUGCUGCUGGCCUGCCGUUGCAUUGCCAAUUUGAUGGAGGCCUUGCGAGGCUCUGUUGCCAAUGUCGUCUAUGGUGGUGCAGUCCCUGUUCUAUGCCAGAAAUUGCUUGAUAUUCAGUACAUCGACGUUGCCGAGCAGGCCUUGAGCACGUUAUCCAAGAUAUCCGUCGACUUUCCAGGAUCGAUUGUCCGCGAAGGUGGCUUAACCGCCUGCCUACAGUUUCUUGACUUCUUUGCUACCGGUACACAGCGCACUGCUGUCACUACAGCGGCCAAUUGCUGUCGAAACAUACCGCACGAUUCCUUCCCUGUCAUACGAGAUGUGAUGCCAAUCCUUCUAAAUGUCUUGUCAAGUCACGACCAGAAGGUUGUUGAACAGGGCUCUCUUUGUGUCACAAGAGUCAUCGAUAGCUUCAAGCACAGUCCCGACAAGCUCGAGCAGUUGGUCGAUGCCCCACUGCUUCGAGCUGUUCUCGGACUCCUCCUUCCCGGUACCACAAACCUGAUUGGUGCAAAUAUCCAUACAGAAUUCCUCCGCGUGCUGGCAAUCGUCGCCCGAGCAAGUCCACGUUUGUCGGCAGAACUAUUGAAGAUGAAUGUGGUCGACACCCUGUAUCAGAUUCUCACCGGGGUUUCUCCUCCUUCCGAGACUGCCGAUGCUGCGUCAAAAAUCGACAGUGUUGUCAUCAUGCAAGCUCUCAUUCAUAGACCUCGUGAACAGGUGUUCGAGACUCUCAAUGUCAUCUGCGAAUUGCUUCCGCUCCCGAAGCUCGACGGCGACUCCGAGUUCGAUGUCUACGACGAGAUGGAAGACGAUCUUUCCGAUGACGGUGAUGCAGCGAAAAAGACGUCCAAAAUAGAGCAGAGAAUCAAGUUGCUCGAAGACUGCAAACAAGAGACACGUCGAUUUGCGAUGAUUUUGCUGCCUACUCUGACCGAUGCUUAUUCUAGCACUGUCAACUUGAGCGUUCGACAAAAGGUUCUGAUCGCACAGCUGAAGAUCCUUUCCAACCUCGAGACAUCUGUCAUUGAAGAAGCACUUCGACCAGUACCAUAUGCUUCCUUCCUUGCGUCGAUCCUGUCCCAAGAGGAUCAUCCGAGCUUGGUCAUGUUUGCUCUUCAAGCAUCCGUCCUCCUGUUCGAGAGACUCGAAUACAUCUAUCAGUAUCAAUUUCAUCGCGAAGGUGUCAUUGGUGAGAUUAAGAAACUUGCCGGGAGACCCCUGGAACGUGAUCGAAAGCCUUCUCAGAGUUCGACAGCUGAUCGCGACGGCGACAUCGGUGGGAAGUCUGAGACGAUUGACGGCUCUCGUAAGCCAGAAGAUAGCAAUGGCACCCGGUCCAAAGACGACCACGAGGCUGAUGACGACGAAGUCGAUGACGACGAAGAUGAAGACAUCGAUGAAGAGCAGGACGAAGAUGAAAUGGCAGCCAGACACGAUCACGGUAUGGAUGAUUCGGAAAGCUCAGAUUCGUCAGAUGACGAUGAAUUGCCGUCUCCCCUCACCAUCUCCGGAUUGUCCGAUUUGGUCAUCAUGAGAGCAAAGAACUUCCUGGAGAAAUACGACACUGCCAAAGGCAAAGAGAUGAAAGAGAAGGCUUCUAAAAUUCGCGAGGAUCUUCACAAACUGGCGGACAACAUUGAAGCUUACUAUCGUCAACAUCACCCCGUCGAAUCCAGCAACCAACUUUUCACACGUCUGGCCAGCUAUUUCGAUGGUGAUGCGCUUGAGAGCAUAACAAGCUCAGAGCUGUUAGACUCUGGUAUCAUCCGGGUCCUGGUGCAAGUCUUGUCUGCAGAUUCAUCUACGAAUCACAGCACUGCCAGAGCACAUUUCGUAUCCGCUUUCAUGGAAUCCAUUACCCAGGCCAAGAUCAAGAAGACUACGGCAUCUUCUUCAGCGACACCAUUCACAGUCCUGAUCCAGAAAUUGCAAGACCUGCUCAGUCGUGCGGAGCAUUUCGAAGUGCUCACGGUCAACAACAACGCUUCUGAAAGCAGCAGAAGCAGCUCUACUUCUAUGCUCUCCCGUCAACUGCGACUGAGACUCUCGGCGGAUGGGGACAGCGACAUUCCUCUGACAUAUCGUGAGAUGAUCGUCUCCAUCCAUGCCAUCGCAACUUUCAAAGCUCUUGAUGACUAUUUGCGACCCCGUUUCAGUACUUCUGACCGACCGGCCUCUGCGCAGCGACGAAGAGACAUGCUGCAGCAGCUUGCUAAUGCCCGUCUCGCGCAUCUGUCAGGUGCCGCCGAAUCAGGACUAUUGUCUCCUUUCGGACAAGACCUAGCCUCUCCUGUUACUCCAGCUACUCCAGGUGGCCGAAACUCACGCCCUGCAUCACGUCUUUCGUCUCGAACCAAACAGCGAUCUGAAGAGACUCAGACGGCCACUGAGAAGAAGCCUGUCCACAAGCCAGCAGGUAAACGAUCGAGCCGACGUAGCCAGGCCUCUUCCUCGAAAGAACAGACUCAUGCUCCAGAGCCAAGUACUGAAGAUGACACAAACAAGCUCGAAUGUGCAGAUGAGAAAGUCCUUGACGAUGAAGAAGCUCCCGGUGCAGACGACGAGGGUGCAUUGGAAGCCUUCGUUGACGGUCUGGAGGAAGAUAUGUCCGAUGAAGACAUGCCCGAACCCGGCGCUGUCAAUAUGGAGGUAGGUUCUACUGGCAAGGUCACUGCUCGUCAAGAAGACGGAACAAGAGUCUAUACUCCUCAGCCCGGCACUCCUGUCCCAGGAACCACUCGUCCACCUUCGUCAGGACAAUCCCCGGGUCAGUCGCCAGCCGCUAGUAUUCGUCAAUCUUACGCUGCAGCACUCGCUUCGACUCCACAAGACUGGCAUAUCGAAUUCAGCAUCGAUGGCAAAGUCAUCCCCAACAACACAACAAUCUACCGAGCCGUUCACCAUAAUCGUGAUCAACCGCAAGAUAUAUCCUCCCGCAGCGUUUGGUCUGGUAUCCAUACUGUCAGAUUCAGGAAAAUCCGAGGAGCUCCACCAAGUACUUCGAACCUUUCUCCUCGAGCCGAGACGGAGAAGCCGGGAUCCAGUGAAACUUUGCCAGCUUCGCUCAAUGGCCACCCAGUUACUUCUUCAAUUCUUGCUCUACUUCGGAUCCUUCAUGAGCUCAACGCAAACUUGGAUGAAAUCGAGGAGAUCACUGGACGGGUCGCCAUGAAACUCUACAAAGAGCCACUUGCAUCAUUCAUCAACACCAAGCUGACAGCCAAGAUGAAUCGUCAGCUCGAGGAACCUCUGAUCGUUGCAAGCAACUGCCUGCCAGACUGGAGCGAAGAUCUUGCUAGGUCCUUUCCGUUCUUGUUUCCGUUUGAGACACGACAUUUGUUCUUGCAGUCAACAUCAUUCGGAUACUCUCGUUCCAUGAUCCGCUGGCAAAACAGUCAAUCUGAGAACGAUGAUCGUCGAGAUCGCCGCCGAGACGAUAGACCAAUACUGGGUCGACCGCAACGACAGAAGGUUCGUAUCUCCCGCCACCGCAUUUUGGAGUCUGCCAUGAAGGUUAUGGACAUGUAUGGAGGGUCUCCAAGCGUGCUGGAGGUUGAAUACUUCGAAGAAGUUGGAACUGGCCUCGGACCGACCCUUGAAUUCUAUUCGACUGUGUCGAAGGAGUUCUGCAAGAAAAAACUGAAGAUGUGGCGAGAAAACGAUUCAGCCGAUACCGACCAAUUCGCUUUCGGAAAAACUGGACUCUUCCCAGCACCCAUGAGCGAGGCAGAUGUCCAUACAGACGCAGGCAAGAAACUGUUGCUGCUCUUCAAGACCCUCGGGAAGUUUGUCGCCCGGUCGAUGCUUGACUCACGCAUUAUCGACAUCUCAUUCAGUCCGACUUUUUUCAAAGUAGGAGGCAUUUCCAGUGUUGUACCAUCGAUCGGCUUGCUCCGGACAAUUGACCAGGAUCUUGCGAAUUCCCUCUCUCAACUGCAGCAAUUUGUCAAGGCAAAGGCAAAGAUCGAACUUGAUUCGUCACUGACAAAGGUGGAGAAAGCGGAAGCGAUUGAGGAUCUCACUAUCCUUGGUGCGAAGAUCGAGGAUCUAAUGCUCGACUUCACUCUUCCUGGCUACCCAGGUAUUGAACUGGUCGAGAACGGCGCGAACGUCAAUGUCGAUAUGGAAAAUGUACAGAAGUACAUUGAUCAAGUCCUCGAUGUGAGUCUUGGACGAGGUGUUCGUUCUCAAGUCGAAGCAUUCCAAGUCGGUUUCUCUCAAGUCUUCUCGUAUACCACUCUCAAGGCCUUUACACCGGACGAAUUGGUCAUGCUCUUCGGGCGGGUCGAGGAAGAUUGGUCUAUCGAGACUUUGAUGGAUUCUGUCAAAGCAGAUCACGGCUUCAAUAUGGACAGCAAGAGCGUCAAGAAUCUCUUGCAGACGAUGUCGGAACUCAAACCAUCUCAGCGACGAGACUUCCUGCAAUUUGUCACCGGAAGCCCAAAACUUCCAAUCGGCGGAUUCAAGAGUCUUACACCAAUGUUCACCGUCGUGUGCAAACCGAGUGAGCCACCGUACACCUCGGAUGACUACUUGCCGAGUGUAAUGACUUGUGUCAAUUAUCUGAAAUUGCCAGACUACAGCUCUCAGGCUGUGCUGAAGGAAAAACUGUUUGUGGCUAUCCGAGAAGGCCAGGGUGCUUUCCACUUAUCUUGAUCUUGACCGAAAAUGAGACUCGGAGCAUGAGUGGAAUGUUGACAAAUGCGAGGCGGGUUGAGAAGGGGAUGGCGUGCUGUGAUUGUGCUUGGAUGAGGGCCUCGCGACACGAGCUCAGGAUAGGCACAGGUGACAGGGGGACAGGGUGUCUCAUGAAUCGAAAUAACGCUUUCAACAAAUUGCAUGAGAAAUCAACAUUGGCCGGCGUGUUCAAGGGCAUGGAACAGGCGCAUUGCAUUGAGUUCGGUCUUUUUCGAGCGAUUCGCGAUUUCCGACGCGACCACCGCCAGAAGUGAAGCGGUCGGUUGGAAGGAGUACACGGCAAUGGGCGCAGACAACGACAAUCGAUUGUCUCUUUUUGACGAUAACGAGGAAAUUGGGAUGUAUUAUUUCCCCUUCAUAGUACAACAACACUAUGUAGCUUUCAAUGACGAAUGAUAAGCGUGGCCUAAUUG